UUCUCUCUCACUUUCUCGCUCCCUCUCAGCUGGUCUGAGGCAUGCCUAUAGCGGACGGUUUGGUUUACCGCAUUCAACAGUGUUUUCCCAGUCGGAGCGGAGUUAGAGCCGUGGAAGUAAAUGAGAAAAAUUGUAACGAGGAGGAAGAGAAGGAGCUUCAUUGGAGCAAUUUUUUUUUUUUUUACAUUUUUUUUUUUGGCAACAACACACAAAACUGAACUGUGCUUUGGAUGAUGCGGACUGAGGCGGUUUUCCUUGGAGCUUCAAACGAGAAGAUUUAAUCAUCAGCAGCUGUAAAGACUGUCUUUUUCUUUUCCUUUUCUAUUUCAGUGGAUUGCUUUUCCCCUUUCUUUCCCUUAGUCAGGAUUUUUGCCACUACAGCUCAGUAGAGGGUGUCAGAUCUUCCUCGCAGUGGCGCGCUGUGUGGAUGAGCUUGUCUUAUUGUGACAGAAAACACACACACACACACAGAGAGAGAAAAAAAAAACAAGAAAAGGAUAACGGGGUGCCGAAACGACACGAAGUGAAGGGGAUGUGAAAGAGGGGGAUGCGGGUGUUUAGGAUCAGCUGCGCAGGCUGUGAAUUCAGCACCAGAGGAGGGGGAGGAGAGAGAGGAGAGAGGGGGAAAGAGGACAGAUCUCAUCGCCGCAGCGAGCCGCACGACUCCGGGAGAUUUCUUCAGCUUUCCGUCUGCGCGCCAAGGUCAGUGUGAAAGGAGCCGAGAAAAAGAAAUAAACAGAUUACAUUUAGGAUGUUCUGGAAACUGCUGCUUUUGCCUGCUGCCGAUUUCAACCGGAGGGGUUUUUUUCCCAACGUGAAUGGGGACCUUUUGUUUUAAUUCUUGAGUCAAGCUUGGACGUCUGGACACACAGCCUGGAUGUGCUCCUUAUCUCCCUCCUAAAUGUCUCCAUCUCCAUCCCCCCCUCCUCCACCGCCACCUCUCGCUGAUGCAGACUAGAUCCGCAGCUCCUCCAUGUCUUGAAAGGCGGGAAUGAAUCGUUCUCGCUGAGAGAGAGAGAGAGAGAGAGAGAGAAAAAAAAAAAAAAACCAAGAGGGGAAAAUGCUGCUCUGGAUCGUCCUGCUGAAUGCGGCUCUCUGCGUUGCCAGUGGAAAUGUCACCAGGGAGGUUUGCAAGGAGAAGAUCUGCUCCUGCAGCGAGGUGGAGGGUGACCUGCACGUCGACUGCGAGAAGCGAGGCUUGAACACGCUGCGGCACCUGACCGGCCCCAGCUCCCACUUCUACCACCUGCUGCUGCAUGGCAACUCGCUGUCCAGGCUCUUCCCCAACGAGUUUGCCAACUUCUACAAUGCCGUGAGCCUGCACCUGGAGAGCAACGGCCUGCACGACAUCGUGCCCGGUGCCUUCCUGGGGCUGCAGCUGGUCAAGAGGCUGCACAUCAGCAACAACAAGAUCCGAUCGUUCAAGAAAAGCACCUUCCUGGGCUUAGACGACUUAGAAUACCUCCAGGCCGACUUCAAUUUGCUGCGGGACAUCGACCCAGCUGUUUUCAGGGACCUAAAUAAACUGGAAGUUCUGAUACUGAACGACAACCUCAUCAGCGCGCUACCUAUAAACGUGUUCCAGCACGUGCCCAUCACGCAUCUCGAUCUGCGGGGGAACCGGAUCAAAACGUUGCCUUACGAGGGGAUUCUCGAGCAAAUACCUGGCAUCGCCGAGGUGCUGCUGGAGGACAACCCGUGGGACUGCAACUGUGAGCUAGUGUCUCUGAAGGAGUGGCUGGAGAACAUACCACGCAAUGCCCUCAUUGGGAGGGUGGUCUGUGAGGCCCCCACCAGGCUGCAGGGUAGUGACCUGAAUGAGACCACAGAGGCGGAGCUGUGUCCAUCACAGAGUGAGGGUGGAGAUAGUAGCCUGGUUGCCCCUCCCACUCAGGAGGACACCUCUCGUCCCACGCCUUACAAGCCCAGCAGAACUGCUAGUAGUGGGCCCCCUACGCCUGGAGCCAAUGGUUCCAAGGACCCUUCCAAGUUCCACGAGAACUGGCAGCUGAGAAUAAAGCCCACUCCAGUAAUGGCGGUGGCAGAUGUAAAUGGAGAUGGUGGUGGUGGAGAGCAGCUGCGCAAUGUGACAUGCCCACAGCCAUGCAGCUGCAAGCUGGUGGGCUCCAGACAGGGGCUGGGAGUCAACUGCGAGGGCAAAAAGAUUGAGAGCCUGGCAGGCCUCAAGCCGAAGCCUCUGGCUGCCCACGAGCUGAACAUGAGAGACAACAACAUCCACGCAGUAAAGAGGAACCAGCUGCUUGGCUAUUCUAGCCUCAACCUGCUGGAUCUUGGAGGGAACAACAUUAAGAUUGUUGACAACAGCACGUUCCAGAACCAGAGUGAGCUCCGGUGGCUGUACAUGGAUAAGAACUACCUGGAUACUCUAAUGGCUGAGAUGUUUGUGGGCCUUGUAAAUCUGGAAUACCUCAGUUUGGAAUACAAUGACAUCCAGUUGAUAGUGGCAGGAGCGUUCAGCCCCAUGCCAAAUCUGAGGGUUCUGUUCCUGAACAACAACUUGCUCAAGGCUCUUCCUGUGGAUGCUUUCCUUGGGAUUUCUUUGUCCAAAAUCAGCCUGCAUAACAAUUACUUCCCCUAUCUCCCCGUGACUGGUGUGUUGGACCAGCUUAACUCCAUCAUCCAGAUUGACCUGCACGGGAACCCAUGGGAUUGCUCGUGCAAAAUUGUGCCCUUCAAACAGUGGACCGAGAGGCUUGGGGCCGACGUGAUAGUGAGCGACCUCAAGUGUGAGUCCCCAGAGGAGUUCUGGAAACGGGACUUCCGUUAUGUGCGUAAUGACCUCAUGUGCCCCAAGCUGUCUGAUGGUGUCCCACUCACGCCAGUGACCACCCGAGCCAGUGACUCGGGUGGCACACGCUCAAACUCGUACUUGGAACCCAACAGGGUGUCCAUUUCGGUGCUUGUGCCCGGGCUGCUGCUUGUGUUUGUCACAUCCGCCUUCACGGUGGUGGGGAUGCUUGUGUUCAUCCUGCGCAACCGGAAGAGGUCGAAGCGGCGGGACGGCAACUCAUCCGCGUCGGAGAUCAACUCCUUACAGACGGUGUGUGACUCGUCCUACUGGCACAGUGGGCCGUAUCAUGCAGACGGAGGCGCCCAUCGGGGCUUUGACUGCAGCACGCACCUUUCAGCUGUGGAUGAUGCAUAAAAUACAGAGGAUGGAUUACAAACUGUAGACAAAAAACUGCAAGAAUUCAUUAAAGAUCGGGGUCCGAAACUUGUUCAUGAACGUGUAAGUCAGCCUGGAAGCUGCACAAGCCCCUACUCUGUAAUAUAUGUAUUUGCCAAGCCCCUCUGGCUUGGCUUACACCCUCCACUCCUCCCUUCCUCCCUCCUCUCUGCUGCAAUCGGACUACGGAUCUGGAGACAGGAGAAAAAAAAGAGGGAGAGAGAGGUGGUAAAGGGAGCCAGAGCGAGGGUGUGUGUAUGUAUGUGAAAAAGAGUAAGGAACGACCUGGGGAAUGGUGCACGAACGCAUGAAUGUACAUGUAAAUAUCCGGACUGAUGUAUCAUAAAAAUGCAUGAUGAUAUUUCCGCAUGGUUUCAACAAGACACACGACAGGCGAGGAACCAUAACCACAAACCGGGAAGCAAACUCGACCCUCCCCUCCCCUCUCAUGUUAUAUACCAACACAAUGGCUAUAUAUAUAUAGAUAUUAAGAAUUAUAUAUGACUACUACAAAGUGCCAUUUCUCUAUUUUUUGUGAACCUGCAGUUAGGAUUUGUAUUUGUUGUUUAAAACUUGUUCAGAGCUGAAAGAGAUGAAAAGAAAAUUGUCAACCGGGGAAGGAGUGAUCAAAGUGAAGCUGUCAAUGCAUGUUCUUUUUUUCUUAUUACCAUUUCAGCUUAUCAGUUGAUCAUCAGUUAAUAUCUGGGGUUAUUUUUACUGUAUACCAGGUUGUAAAGCCGGCACCAAACAUAGUCAAACUAAGCAGUUGCCUAGGCCCUUAAGCCUAGCAUAUAUUGUCUUACAAAUGUCAUGUUCAAAUUUGCUCAUUCAGUUUCCAAAUUUAAACCAAUUUAAAAUUCUUUAAAUUUGAAUUUUGAAUGAGUGACAAAUGUAUGGUCACAAAGCUUGAUGCCGGCUCUGCUAGAUGGUUGCAGAUUAAAAUCCCCAGAAUUAAAAGGCUGUGUGUGCAGAAGGCCAAAAGUGCCACAAUAACCUAAAUAAAUAACUCAUUAAAUUAUCACUUCAGUGUAUUUUGGUCCAUAACAGUGUAUAAACUAAUUCAAUCUUCAAAAUAUUAUGUAUAUUUUAACAUGAAAUAAACAUUUUAAAUAUUGAAGUUCACAUUUUAAUAUACAUUUAUAUAUUUAUUGGCAUAUUUAGAUCAUUCUGAUAUGGUUAUUUAUUAAAUGUGUGUAUUUGAUUUUUUUAUUUUUAAAUAUACCACACAUUAUUUAAUGAUUUAUGUAUUUAUGACAUUUUGGCACAUUUGGCUCUCCGUUGCGGUGAUCAUCUCCUUUUAUGAAUGUACAAAAACAUGAAUAAGACUAAGAAAAAAUGCUGUUCUUUUUUAAAUGGUGUGCCAAUUGUUGAAGAUAUUCAGACAUGCAGAUGAGCAUGACCAAUUAACGUCACUCAGAUGCUUAUGCUGCAAAGUUCAUGUAGCUCCAAUAACAGUUAUGUGGUUCCUUUUUUGUGUAUGUGUCAAUGAACAUAGCCUGCUUUUGGGUGAGAGGAAGAAGAAAAAAAAAAUAACAAAAAGGUAAAUUUGGGGUGGUGAAUAGGGGGGGUUUGUACCAUCAUAUUUUUUCAACAACUGUGCAAAGAGGUGUUUCUGAUUAUUCAUUGGAUCUAUGUAAACAGAUAGAUGAACAUACAUUAGGAUAGGGCGCUUUUUUUUCUUUUUAAUGUGAUAAAAACAAUAUUCCUCCACACAAAAUAGCUUCUGGCUGUGAUUCACUUCCAUCAUAUUGUGAGCUUUUGUAAAGCCAUCUUAAUCCUGUCCAAAUACAAGAACUGUGACGGGCAGUAUUUACUGCGAAAUCAGGCCGCAGUUUGGGGUGGGGGGGUGGGCACAUACGCAUACAUAUAGGCGAUUAGUUAAUGCAAGAUGCCUUCUUUAAAGUCAGUUUUUUUUAGGAAACUUGAAACACUCCUCCUUUGGGUUGCAUGGGCUGAUUUUUUUUUUUCCUUUUUCCCUUUUUUAUGUGGGGUUACUUUUACUGUGUAGCUGUUUUACACAGCUCAGCUGCCCUUGGAGGGGGCCAGGAUCUACAGCCUGGCCUGAGUUGCUUUAUUCAAAACAUUUUUAUAAUUUUCAAUUUUCCAAACAUAGUUUGUGUCUAAAAUUUCAUUAGAUAUACAUUUGGACUGGUUUAACAAUUAGAUUUUUUUUUAAUGUAUUUUGCUGUUUGCUAUUGAGCUUGUGUGCACAAAUAUGCCAAAAUUAAGCAAAAUAUCUACCUAAUUUGGUAAUAAUCUACUUUUUUUUGCCACAGCCUUGAUGUUAGUUUGCAGACUUGAUGCAAGAUGUAUAUACUUCCCUUCAAUCCUCCUAAACUUUACACCCCUUUUCCCCUCUCUUCCCCAUUUGCAAACUCCACAAAUACACAGCAGCUUGUUAACUAACGUCUCCCAUAUACUGUUAGUAUUAUUGUUUUUCUUAGAUACGUUUUGGUCCAACCACCUGAUUUACCCUUCUUCCAAGUUUUACCUGUGCAGCCACAUUGGGAUUGGAGGGUUGGGGGUUGUUACAUUGUCGGGCAACCAUGACUAUACUGUGGUGUAUUAACUGUGCCACAGAACCACUGAUGAUAACAAUGAUUUGUCAUGAUUUUCAAAAGCUGUGUUUCAAAGUUACAUUUAUAUGCUUUGCGAUAUUUGACCUGCUUAUAUUUUGUUAAAUAAAGUGUGGUUGAGGUUGAGUAAAAAAAUGGGAAUGAUGCCUGCUUUUAGUAAUUUCUCAUUGUAAUGUAUUAGGGUGUUGCCCUAUGACGUUUUGUAUCUUGGGAGUUUUUUUUCUUCAUAGGGUUUGAAACAACUGAAUGUUUUGUAUCAUCAAUGCCCCGGUUCAUACAGUCACAGCCAACUGGUAAUAAUUAGAGUUGCCAUAUAUCUAUUAUAUUUCCUUUCAUAUUUCAUAAGAGGCAACUGGCCCAAUCAGGGAUUAUAAUCGGUCAGUGGAAAUAGGAGGUAAAAUAAAAUAUAUGUUGAAUAUAUUGACUAGAAUUGAAUAAAAUUAGUUUUGGACGUAUUUAUAUUAGUGUCUAAAUGUGUCAUCAAAAUACCACGUUAUAUUGAUGUUAUGUGGUUACCUCUAUGGUCUAAAAUGUUUAACUGGGGGGAGUAGGAUGGAAUCAGGUGGGACUGUAAGUACAAAACAUGGAUGCGAAUAGGCUGGGGGUCAAAAUCUUCCAAAGCGAAUUGACUGAUGCACAUCGUCUUUGCACAAACUGUUGUACACAAGCUUCAUGAAUUGUGAGUGAAAGAUACAUAUGAAGGUGGGCAUAAACAGAAUGAUUUUUACUGGAUGCUUAAGCUUUAUUUAUUUAUACAGCUUGUUAAAUGUAAUUUCUUUUUAGAUUUUUAGAUUUACACAAUUUUAAAUCACGGUGUUCUUAAUGUUGGGCGAUAACUUACAUAGAUAGUGUUAAGUUAACAGUAACAAUGGCCGUUUCUGAUAAAACAAUUUUUGCACACUGGUACAUGUUAAUUAUAUUUGUUCAUUUCUGACACAAAAAGUCAUAUAGCGCAAAAAAAACAACAAAAAAAAACAGCAGUUUAAGAAAAUGCUACUUCAUCUUUUACUUGCCUUAUUUUACCAUUGGAUUUCUCACUGAUGCAUAUUUUCUGUGCGCAUUCUGUUGUACACAAGCUGGGAAGAAAAAACCCCAAAAUGUUUGGAUUUCAAAAUACUGGUUAAUGUUUUCGACUGGCUAAAGCUUACCUUGAUUGGAGCCAAUGUUUAGAUGAAAAAUAAAUAAACAUGAAUUUUUUUAAUUAU